CGAGAUGCAAGGUCCCAACAAUCUAGCUGCAAAACUUAUAGCAUAUCGAGUUUAAUAUCUCGUAUUUCACUUGCAAGAUUAUACCAUCAUUCAGCCACUCCAAAUUUCUUGAACAAAGCAUCCCCCUCUUCCAAUGUGCCCAUGGCAGGACCCCAUUCUCGUCUCACUCUUUUGAUUGAUAGACGAGCGAGCCCAGAGCACCUACAGUGUCAGAUACCAGCAGUUGGUGUCAUAUUCGCACAGUACGUGCAGUGCCUCCAAGAUGGGGUGCAAGAUAUAUUUGCCUUGAAAAGAGCCAACAGUUUGGCUGUUGCGCGCAUUUCUGUCGAAUCGCCAUGUUUUUUUCCGGGGGUGAGCAUAUUGCUACUCCAUGGGUUUUGAUGUGUGGGACCGGCUGCCAGUGAGAGAGCUGCGGCGCGUUUUAUGUCAAUCAACCACGAUCAAGCGAUCGAGGAGUGCAGCCCGAUCCGUGGUGAUGGAGACCACUCUCACAUUCACCAAACCAAACGCGGACUCCUCCGCAACCCGGCAGAUUGAUUGCAAGCCAACUCACUCGAGGUUUCUGCAAGACUGGUCUUAUGUACAAGACUCUGGUCGAACCAGAAAGCCAGUGUGGGAUGGCUUAUCAGCGUUCUGUCAUAUCCUGUUUCCUUUCUGAUGACCAGUUAUACCUUCAUUGCUGUUUCCCGUGAUUUUUGAAAAAGCUAUUCGACGGUUUGGAAUACGCAAAGUUGCUGGUCUUGAAGGUGGGGGUCCCUUCGUUGGCUGUUUGCCGUCUCAUGAGGAAGAGGACACCGUCUGGGGAGGGUGCUGGGUGAGAAAACACUCGAAGCUGAUCUGAGCAUAUCGUGGUUGAAGAAGUUGGCAUUGGUUGGGCCACAACACCAAGGGUUGAGGCGGAAUGUGAGGAGCGGGUCAUUUGGACAAGCUUCCAGGGCGAGCGAGCCCUUUUGGGCAUUGUCGAAACCCACCGUUACCCGCUGCCGGCCGGGUGUACAAGUCAACCCCUUGACCAUAACAUCAACACACGCAGCCAAUGGCUACCUCGGACAUCACACAGACCAGCCAUCCAGCCUCGUGCCUCACGGGUAGGGCACAAUGAGCGGUCAAUGAAAAACCUCCUCGUCACAAAUCGUCUUCGGUUGGAUGGAGGGUAUCGUCAGUGAGAGGCUCUUGGUGGCUUUCUGGGCACUGUUCAGGACAAGUAGAAUGAUGGUGAUGGAAGGUGGUGAUGGAAGCGAGACUGGCUCGUGCCAUGAGCUUCAAGCAGGCAGACCGAGGGAUGUGGACAAACCGGGCCUGUGCUUGCCACGGCAAGACAACCUGAAGAGGAGAAUGCAAGAUAUAUUAGCUUGUCUGGGAGCAAGAGGCCCAGAGGUAACCUUUAGUUUUAAGUUAGCCAACCUAUCAUGUUCUUUGGGCUCUUGGUGAAAGUAGCAAGGUAGGCUGGGAGGGCCCUGGCCAUUAUCGCUCGGCCGCGUUCACGCUCAACAAAAUGGCCGACGACGAUUCUUCAGAUCUCUCGUCUAUUUCAUCGCUAUCGGCGCCUCCUAGUGACGAUGAGUCUGGUCUCGAAUUGACCAAGGAAAAGGGCAUUCUGAAGUUCUUCCACAAGAUCGACCGCAACCCUGCCUUGGAGCCCAAGGAGAAGACACCGCCCCGACCCAAAAGAGAACCAUCGCCACCACACGAAUAUGUGCUAGCUGACAACCCCGACAUCGCUUUUAUCGUAAUGUUCCGCGCCCGAUUCAGCGAGGCUUUCCCCAAAAGUAUGGCGAACUUUGGACCGCAAGAGCUGGAGCGCGAUGUCGUCGAUUCUGUUCCUGGCGAGCGCGUCGAGCACUUUUUGUGCGCCAUCUUGGGGCUUUUGCUGAACAGGAAGCAGGAUGUCAAGCCUGGCCACUACAAUCGCGCGUUGGAGGAGGCUGUUCAGUCGCACAAGGGACAGUGGGCGAGGGAUUGGGAGAGCCGAAACCCGCUUUCUGGGGGUGCCACGUUUGCGUCCAUGACGCCAGUCCAACGGCUCACCUUGUUGCGCACGCUUAUUCAAUGGUCGCUCGCCUCCUCCGAUGCGAUCAAGUCAAUGAUCAACCAGCAAUACAAGAACCGACACGAAGAUGAUCGCAACAUUCCUCUCAGCGUUCAGGUGUGGGGCGGAGACGGUGACAAGCGCCGGUACUUCUUAAUUGAGGGCAACGACGACACUUCCUUCCGUGUGUACAGGGAGAGCAAUCCAGCCGGUGUUCACCGGACCUGGUGGAGCGUUGCUGGCAGCAUUGAGGAGCUUCAGGCUCUAGCCAACAAGUUGGAGACUCAGGAUGGAGGGCCCAAGGCUAGGCAGUUCGCAAAGAACAUUCUCAAUGCGAUUCCUAGAUUUGAGGCUACCGAGGAGAAGAGGAGACGCAGAGAGUAUCGCCAGAUGCAGAAGGAACGGUUCAGGCGGCCAGAGCCUGGUUUCUCUCUCUAUGAGGGCCGCACCAGAGGCAAGAGGAUGAAGUACACAUAUUCCGACGACGAGGCCGAGUUUCUUACCGAUUCCACCAACCGCCGAUCUACUCGCAACACACGAAACCACACACCGGCCGAGCCAAGUGGUCCAGUCACUACUGCGAGCGGGCGCCAGAUUAGAGCCCCUACGAGACUCAACGCAGAGAAAUCCAGCGAAGCUCCGAGCGCGGCUACUAGUGUUCAGGGCGAUGACACAGAGAACAAGGAGAAUGAGCUUGGGCCAAGGGGACGCCCUAGACGCUCUGCUGCUGUCAAUCACGGUACAAACGGCUGGGCCGCCAGCAAAAAGAGAAAGAGCGAGGAGUUCGAGUCGGAUGCGUCAGACGGAAGCGAGCCUGAUUUUGGGGAUGACGAAGAGGAGGAGGCCGACAUCCCAGACGAGUCUGAAGACGAGGAGGAAUUCGAGGAGGAUUCGCCCAUGGACGAGGAUUUGGAGGAUCAGGCCGAACCCGGCAGCAAAAUCUUCAAAUUCCCGAUCCGAGUUGCGUUUGAUGAGAACAACAAGGUGUGGCAAAUUCCUGGCCCGGCCGUGGUUGUUUCACCAAAGAACGCCAGGGCUGCAGCUCGCAGGAAUGUGGUUGUGAGUGAGAGCUCCGAGUCGACUGGCGCAGAGGAUGAGCCAGAGGAGCCAGAGCCACCGGCCGCUGAGGAGAUUAUCGCCGUCCCAGCCAAACGCGCCUCGACACCUCAGACCCAAACGGAGACUAAUGUUGACAAAUCUGGCGAGAAGGAGGUUAAGACUACAGAUGAGGUUACGGCUCCUCCCACGCCCUCGAGCGGGCCAGCCACGGCUUUGGCUUUCCGGGGCAGUCCAGAGAAGCCAGCGCAGCCGCCAAUGGCUGCGGCGCAGGCUGUACCAGCCGUGGGCGACAUCGAGUAAGGCGACGUCAUCGAGGAGGCCGGCUGGUGAACUUGGGGGGGGUUUUGGGAGAUUAUUUAUUGCGGUAUGGCGGUGUAUGUGGCUCCUGAGGCGGGAGAAAAAGGAGAAGGCGUUUGGUAGAUGAAAUCGUUCAGGACUGUGAUCGCCUGUUAUUGGAGGCCUUUUCAAGGAAGCCGGCUCAGCUGUUUUAUUUAUUUCAGACCGUUUAUGUCAUACAGUCGGGCAGGCAGCGGGGUUGCUGGGUCAAAACGCAGGUUAUCAUGGAGAAAGAGCUUGGUGUUGGGGGGAGGGUUGAGUAUGUUGAUUAGCUGGUUUUAUGUUCUACGAACUGCAUGGCUAUUCUUGUUAGGAAGAGAAAGAACACUGAGAACAUGUAUCUUCGCAACAAGAAAUAACUGUUGAACUCUUUGACUUUGC